AUGCUCUCCCAGGAAAAACGACAGAUUGAGUCUGAUUUCAUCUGUUGCAGUGGGGGCUUAGUUGCUGAUCAAUUUCCUUCUAUGGACAUGGUUCUAGCGAAUGGCAGUUUGAUGACCGUUGACGAGGACUCCGACACUCCGACUUGUGAUUAUGUUAUUCCCAAAGUGCAGCUCUGGUCAUACGCUGGCUUCAUUUUCACACAUGCCAAAGUCGAGGCUCUUUAUGAAGCCAUCAAUGAACAUCAAUUGAAGAACGGAACUCAGCCGGUGGAUCUCACCAACUACUCAGUCUUCUUCAAUCACCCAGAUCUCGACCCCGAUCACUCCACCAUCACAUUCUUCAUUCUGCACGAAGGCAUCGACGCCGUCGAACCCAAUACACGGACUCUUUCACUAAAAUCGGGCCCAGAAUGA